GUUCCCAAUGCUCUAACAGCCACUUCCUGAUACACCUGUUUGUCAGGUAGGAUAAUCAGCCCGCAGUCUGCCGACGCGACGGAGAGACUGAGUCAUGACAAAAUAGAUUAUGGACGGAAUUUUUCCAAAGCUUUGAUGCAAUUUGGACCUUUUUUAAUCGUCAUGCGAGUGAACCCGUUUUCACAACUUAAAAUGCGUCGACCGCGUCAAGGGAAUACCGCUCUGAAUGUCGUCUUGCUGCUGUAUUUGAUCGGCUUUUUCGCACCUUGCCUAGUCUCCUCCAUUACAGUGAGUACCCCAGCCGAGCUCCAUGCAUCUAAAGGGGAUACUGUCACAUUGUCCUGCACCUAUACUUCCACCAGUAGGCCGACCAGUAAGAUGACUGUCGACUGGUCUUAUAGGCCCCAAAGUGGAGGGCUGCCACUGACAUUUUUCCACUUCUCCUCACGGGCGUUUCCUCCACUUGACGGUCAGUUUAGUGGUCGAAUCCUGUGGCAGGGAACCCCGUCACGCGGGGAUGCCUCCAUCUCUCUGAUCAAUGCCACGUUGAAAGACAAUGGGACCUACACAUGCUCCGUCAGAAACCCCCCUGAUGUCCACGGGUCCCCGACUGCUCACACUGUGCUUACUGUCACACCAAAAGUGCCCAGCAUUCGUUUCUCUGAUGUUGCGGUCCUCCUCGCUUUCGUCCUCCUCCCCUCCGCUACCAUCACCCUCAUUCUGAUUGGACGGAUGCUCUGUCCCAAGAAACAGCGCAACCAAUCAAAGGCCUACAGAUCGCCCAUAGAGGUCACAGAGGGAGAGGAGUAUGGCAUCCACCCACCGGAGGCCAAAGAAAAGAGGGCCUCAUGCUGUGUCCUAUAUCUGAUGGACUCGGAGGAUGAAGAUGGGUAUUACAACCUAAAAAAGAAGCCUCCUGUGGAUGAAGGCUAUGCUGAGUCUCAGUGCUAGAGAACCCUGCUGGUAUGGAGAUGUAAUUGCAACAUCUAGACCUACAAGUGCCUUACAUGUGGGAGGUAUUGAAUGGAAAUGAAUGCUGGAUCCAUGUCUUCUUUGCCACAGUCAACCACUUAUUCAGUCACUUUGGUGAUGUUUACUUUUUGAGGUGACUCCUUUGGAAUAAUACUUUUAUCUUUGUCUUGAGAUAAUCUGAAUUAUGCAUCUCCAGCAUUAUAUGUACACAAUAAAGGAUGUCAAUAAUUUCAUUUACCUGUUGCCUACAAGCUUCUAAAUUUCCAAAGCCAAACAAGAGGGCUUAACUUCUAAAUUUCAGAGCUUGUAGUCUUGAUGAGAUAUUAUAUGUUUGUAAGUAAUCAGCUAGUGUCAUUCUGCCAGUCAGGUACCAACUGACUCUGUACAUGCAAACAAAAACGCAUAGACGAGCACUGUAUCUAUUUUUAUAUCUUAAGGAUUUAUGUGUCUCUUUCUUAGUGUGAAGGAGAUAGUCUAAUUUAUUGCCUGUGUCAGAGCGGCUGUAUAAAAUCUGUCUUUGAUGAGUUGUAGUGGAACCUUUCUGUUAUACCCUUUAAUAUUUUGGACAGAAAAUAUAUAGUUUGAUUUUGAAUGUCAACUGUGACCACCUAGUACUAUUUAUAUACUACAUGUCCUAAAUUUUCUGUGUGUGUGUGUGUACUAUACUGAGUAGUGACCUUACUACUUGGGGACUUCUGAGUUUGGAUGUGGUUAUCUUAUGUAAUGUACAGUGACAGGAUUUAGUCUUUGUUUAGGAUGCACAGUUUUGCUUUGUUGUUGAUUUUUUUUUUUUUUUUUUGCUAAAUAAAUAGUUUAAGAGCAGAUUGUUUUGGCUUUGUGAGGGAAUGGACAUGACAUUUUUAAAAGGUGCUUCCAGCAAGUUAAUACAAAUACUUUGUUCAAUGUAUUGAUGCAUCACCGAACAUAGACAAUUUGUUGGUAAAGCUGAUAGCAUACAGCCACCAUUUUCUCCUUUGCUCUCUCUUUGUUUGGUUCUUUUGUACUAUUCAUGAAUGUUCUUGAACAUUCCUCUAAAAACUCUAAAGACAGGCUGGAGACUCAUAUAUUCACUCACAAAUUGCAGCAGCAUCUGUUUCAUCUACAUGCUGCAGUUGUGGGACUUGAGUCAUAAAAAGACCUAAUAAAAACCCACCAAUGAAACACAGAAAAUAA